AUGAGCAGAUCUCCCUCUUACGAACCUGAACCUGACGAUUCCUCCGACUCUGAUUUCUCCCUCCGAACUGAUCGCGGACGCCAGCGCCAACGGCGCACUCUCUCCCACCAUGAUCCUUUCGAUUCCAACGUUCCCGAAGUCCAGGUGCAGAUCAGACCUACUGCACAAGUGUCAGUACCAGUACCAGAGCCACAGAAUGACCUCGAAGAACCGAAAUCUUCUCAAAGCCGCUGGGAUAGGCUCGAUGCACUGGUCACCCAAUUGAACCCAAACUCCUUGGCGCAAUACAAAGAUCUCCUGGACGAAUACAUCUACGAUGUAGCGGCUGUUAGAGCGAAUCCCAACGAAGCGCAAUACUCCAUGACACAGAACGGUGCGGUUAGCUGGACCUCGAGAGAAAAACAUUUGCUCUUCAAGGUCCUCGAUAAGAAGGGGAAGAAUGGGAUCAGGCAGAUGGCUGCUACGAUUGGAACGAAAUCAGAAGUCGAGGUAGCGGAUUACCUCAGUCUUCUUCACCGAGGUCUGGAAUCCCAGCAUAUCCUCGAGCCAAAGAUUGACACAAUUGUCAUGGGCGAUAUUCCUUCUGCCAUUGAACUGAGCAAGGAAUGUUGCGAAGAGCUGGACAGAUAUGCGCAGGGACUGGUGAUGCGGGAAGAUAUUGAUCAAGAACUCGCAUGUCGAUCAGUGUAUGCUGAGAAUGCGCUCAUUGGCGUGACUGAAGGGAAAGCACUGGUUGCUAAAGAAAUCAAUCCUCCUCUCCGUGGCAGUAUCCAUCAUGCUGCGAAUUUACUGAAUGUUCCAAUGUGGCCUCAGCUCUCGGCACAGUUUUUCAUGAAUUUCGGUGGUCAUCGAGCUGAGGAUUCUUGGACUAAUAUCGUGAAAUCGAGGAAGGAAUCGCCAGGAAUUUAUGGCGAUGCGCUUAUGGAUUUUUACGCACUUACCAUGAGCAUUACCCGACGCCUGAUGCAAUCGACUAUUUUCUUCGCUAUGGCACGCUUACGUGCUAUGAGUGGAAUCGGCAGAGCAAGAAGAUAUGUCGUUCGAAAACGAGAUGUGAGAGCUGCUGUCGAUGUAUUAAACAUGAAACACGAUCGGGCGGGUUUUUUUGUGGAUGUGUCUCGACGAAAUCGCAUCACCAUCACAGACGAUCUAGAUGAACACGGGGAACCUCGGCUCAUCAGCUACGAUGAAGCGGAGGAUAUUCUUCGCAACCAAGACGAAACGGAUGAUUCGGACACGGACGAUGAAGAGUCUACCAGUGACGAUGAGCAUGAAGACAACGAAUCCAAAGCCGAGACAGGGCAACCAAAACCAGUCUCCCCCUCCACUACGAUAUUUCAACCCCCAUACCAUUUUGAACAAUCCUCCAUCCAGUGGAGCAAGAUACCCCUGGAACCUGAAGAGGAACAUGCGGAUCUUCUCGAUCUAGCACAGAAUCGCCGCGAAGAAGGACAACUAUGGGACAUGCUGGAAAUACCCGCACCAUCUCACCUCAACAUUCCCAUCGCAGGAGACGAAGAUGAAACAAGUCUCGUUGGGCGGAAACCCUACAUCGAACGCAAAACGAGAGAGAACCUGGUUGAUUGGCGUGAGCGUACUAUCUACCGUAGCGAGUGGGAGGAGUAUGGCGAUGAUUUACAGGAUCUUGAAGAUGAACUGGCUGAGAAUCGACGAAAGAGACGCUGGUCAAUGCCAGGGGGGCCUCUGUCCACUGAGGUUAUUCAGGUUGAGGAUUCUUCCGAGGAGGAACAGGAAGAAAUACCACAAGAUGACGAAAUGGGCAGGAGUAAAGUUCCCAUCGAACUUGGUGAUUCUGAAGGCCAGAUGGACGUUGACGACUCGGAUGUGGACGACUCGGAGUAA